UUUACGGCGAGAGGGUUACACAGUCCAGGUGAAUGUGAACGACUACCUGGACAUCUACUGCCCCCAUUACAACACCUCGGUGCCCGAGGGGCGCAUGGAACAGUACAUCCUCUAUAUGGUGAGCCUGGACGGCUACCAGACCUGCGACAUCACCCACGGCUCCAAGCGCUGGGAAUGCAACCGGCCUCGCGCCCCACACAGCCCCAUCAAGUUCUCGGAGAAGUUCCAGCGUUACAGUGCCUUCUCACUGGGUUAUGAGUUCCAUGCUGGCCACGAAUAUUACUACAUCUGUGAGUCUCCUUUGCCCUAA